AUUAGUCUAAUUGCUUUAUCUGAGAGGUGAGGCAAAUUGAUUUGUUAAGGAGAUGAGGAACAGGGAUUCUAAUAAAGAAGAGCUCUCCUUCAAAGCACACCACAUUGCAAGCUUCAUUGAAGGGGAAGAAAAACUUACAGCUCCUAGUGUUGUUCACCAUAUAAGCUUAUUACACAGAGGAGGUCGUAUUGACGAGACACCAUGUAAAGUCAGACUAGAUAAGAAAGGAAUUUUAAUUGAAUUAAAUUCUUCGGAGGAGGUCGUAGAAUUUUUCGAAUGGUCUUCCAUAAGCGACCAAGCAGCAAUUUUCAAACGUUCAGAUGAAUUCCAGUAUGGAUAUCUUAUACUUUUUCGGUGCUCACAGUAUAAUGCAGAUCUCGAGCUUAAAGAUUCUGAAGUUCACGUCUUUAGUUGCGAAACGAAAGAUGAUGCUAAACUACUGGUUGACUCGAUAUAUAAUCAGAAGAACUCAGCCCUCGGACUCAACUCAAAUGGAGACGCUUCAAGAAGUCCUGAAGUAAAUUUGCGUCGCGGCAGGUCAGAAGAAAAAAUAGACUCUACAGGAUAUGAUGGUGGAAGAAACUUUUAUAUGCUUAACCAAUGUAUAGACGAUAUAGAAUGCUUCGAGAAUCGUCUAGAGAAAGCGAUCAAACGAAAGUCGUCUUACAACAGAAAUAGUUCAGCCGAAGGAGUUUCGAACAAUGUAAGUUUUCCAAGUAAACAAGACGCUCAAGAAAUAAUCAGAAAAGUAAAAUAUGCUUUUAAUUUGAAUGAACAAAUUCAACCACAUAUUCCAGAAGAAAUAUCAAAGAAAAUUUUCAUUCGACUAUUCAACACCGUUCAGUGGUUGGAUAAAGUUUGUCGACAUAAUAUUGUACCUGACUAUGACCAACAUAUGGUGCGUGAGAUUGUUGAACCUCUAUUGGAAGAGGCUACGCUUGCAACGAUUGCAAAAAGAUUACAAAAUAAAAUCGAGUUUUGGAAAGGACUUGGUCCUGCUUGGAAUACUCCACCUGAAAGAUGGAGCGAACAUCUCGCUCGGUAUUCCCCACAGUUUGCCUCUAAAUCUGUUAAUAAACGCCAAACAUGGCAUGCCGAAGCUAACAUAGUAACGCCAAGCGUGGGAGAUGUUGAAAUAAAAGUAACACAAACAAUCUCACCACGCCAUUCUCCUAUUCCUUCUGAACGAGCCAGAACUCCUUCACCCGUGCGUCAAAUUGGCACGGAAACCGUACCUAUGGACAAUGUGAAUACAGCAGUAUUAAAUCUUACUAAUGUUACAGUGGAAAAAUCUCCAGAACAAAGAGUGAAGUCAGUAGAUCAACGUAGUAGCCACCCUCAGCGUCGUUGGGAUUCUGAAGAAAAAUGGUGUGUUGUAAAUGUACUACAUGUAGGUGCAAAACCUCAAGAGCUAACUGUACAACCAGGCGAUGUUCUACAAAUUCUGAAUAGUAGUAAAGGUGAUUGGUGGUUAUUACAAAAUGAUGCAGGAGAAUCUGGUGAAGUACCUGCUUGGAAAUUAAAAGCUUAUAAUUAUCGACCGGAUCAUCCAACUACAGCUGGAUUAAAGAAAACUCCAUCGAUGAAUAAUUUAUUCAGUAGAAAAUCUACUGAAACAUUUGGAAAUCAUAAUGAUAAUGUUAGUUUGGAAAAUCAUUCCAAUUUUCAGUCACAAAGAAACAAUUCACAUGCGCCCAAAAGUAUACUACGUGAUAAGUCUCCAACUAGGCAAACAGAUACUUCUGUUUUAAAUUUAAGUAUACCUAAUUCACCUACAGGACAAAAUUUUAACAAUGAUAAUAGAAUUAUGAAUGAUAAUUUUAAUACCAAUGCUAAUAAUAACGUUAUGUAUAUAACACCAUCACAACUUCAAGAAGCAAUCAAAAUUAAUAGUAAUUUGCCAAUGAUAUUAAUUCCAGUGCCUAGUUUAUAUAGUAAUAAUUCCGAUAUGUCAGCGAUUAAUUGGUCUAAUCUAAUUAACCCAAAUACAAAUGGUGCUGAGUUAGCGAGAACUCCCAAUCCUGGUGCAUUAGGACCAGGCUGGAAACCAGCUCCAAUAUUGAGUACUUCAGCAACUGAAGGUUAGUUAUUUGCUUAUAUUAUUCAUAAUUAACUAAUUAAAAGGAUAAAUCAUUAAAUGUUAAUAUUGACAGUUGAACCGUUUAACUAAUUUCUUUUGUGUGAAAAUUAGUUUUCCUGAAUAGUAGCAAUAAUGUUUUCCUACAGAUUGUAAUUUCUAUGCAAAUCAGUUUUAUACAGCGUUAAACUAAUGUUGAAAUUUUAAAUUUUCUCUUAAAUAAAAAUGUAGUCAUAUUUUCAAUUUUCUACUCCACAAGUUCGUACAAAAAUCUCCGACUUUUCUGAGCUACUAAUCGAAGUCAUAUAGAAACGUAUAAGCCUUUUGAUAGACCUUAUUAAGUUAAUUGACCACAAACUUUAGGUUUCAUGGGUCAAAAUCGAUCGAUUUGGAUAAAAUGCUGGUAUAAUUUGGUGUUUUUCCUAUUAUGGUACAAACUCAAAAUGUUAAUCUAUCAUUUUAUAACCUGAAACUUUCGUGGAAACUGUAAAAUAUCUGAUCAUUUACGAAGAAAAUGAGUAUAGUGCGUAGCAGCUAUCAUUGUUUGAUUCAUUAUCUGAAACGCCUUCAUUGAGUCCACACAUGCCCCGAAAAAAUGGAUUUCUGUUAAUCCUAAUUUUAUUUGUUAUAUUUCAAGAUAUUUAAUAAAAUCAUAUAGAACUAGCUCAUCAGAAACUGAAAAUAUUAUAAUCUCAAUCUUUUGAUAAUUUUGUUAAAGAUAGAAUACAUAUAGGAGGAUUCGAAAUAAACUGAUAGGCUUUAUGAUACUUUGAACGAAUUAUUAUUUAGUAUAUAUCCUUUAUCAAUAGCUUUUUAGGAAAGAAACUACCAUAGAAAGCAAGAUAUAAAUUUACAUAGAUGAAAAUAAUUUUUUGGGCAAUAAGAAAUCGUUUUGUUUAGUUGGCAUACGUAUAUAUCUAUAUAAUAACGUUGUAUGAUGAAAUAGUUUAUGUAUCACACAACUGCUCAAUGUUAGAUGUCAUAAUAACACAAACAAUACAAAUUAUUACUACUUUAAAAAAGGUUAAUGUAAUCAUUGACUUUUGUGUACAGAACUUAUCAUACAAUUAUUCACUGACACGUUUUGCAGACCAAAGACUUAAUUUUUGUUAGCUGCAACUUUAAAAGAUUAAGCAAGUAUUCAUUGGUUCAUAAAUCUUAGAUCAUCAGUACUUGACGUAAAAUAUUUCGAAGUACUGUCUUCUAUCUCAUAUAUUUGAAAAAUAAUUUUAGCAUACAGGAAAAAAUAUUUUAUUCAUCUGAAUAGAACAAACAACAUGAAAAGUCUUUAUUCGAUAUUUGGGGAUGCUCUGGCUCUGAAAAUAAGUUUCUUGCAGAGUAACUACUAUAUGCUAAGAAUUGGAGUCGAUCAAUGGUACACAUGACUUUCUGAUUACACAUUUUAUAAAAGUUAUUUCUAGAGUUUGACAUCAAAACACCUCCUUAGCAAUUAAUUAUUAAUGUAGAAAGCAUUCUAAAAGUGAUAAUGUUAGUCAACAAAGUAUCGAGAAUUCUAAAGUAAUGGAAAUCACCCUAUCUAUACACACCUCAGGACUUAAUUUAGGACUUCAAACAUUUCUCAUUAGUCUCGCAUAUCUGCAGGUUCAAGAUUGGAAUAUCCAUGCAUAUCUGAUCUCUAUUACUUGUUGUCUUAUGCGAUACCACACUCUUUAAUUUCAUACCAAUUAAUCAAGUAGAUUUUGCGUGAAGCUUUUUUCUUUUCUAGUUUUUUGCUCUACUAUAUUGAAUAUCAUGCAUCACAUAUGCAGUUUGAGCACAGUAAUAUUAGUGAACAUUUCACAUUCAUUCAAAGGAAAAAGGUUAUUUUUUAGAUAGAUUGAAAUGCAUAAUGUGUAUAUUUUUUGGUAUAAUAAUAAAUCGAUCGUUUAAAACAUUCUAAUGGAUUAAUAAUACUUAAUACACUUCUUACUUUUGAUUCUCAGUUAGGAGUGUCGUACAAUUCUUGCAUAAUUUAAUGUAUAUCUAUAUGUAUAUCUGUGUGUAUGCAUUUGUUUGUGUUAGCUUUGGGCUACUCUCCAUAUCCUUUCAAUUAUCGUAAGUUCUAUUUUGUGAUAUUAAUUAACAGUAGAUUGUAACUUGUUUAUUAUUUCU